UAGAGGCUGUUGAGGGGCUUCUGAUUACAGCUCGGCUGCGGGCGUCACCCUUCCUCUCGCCCGCUGGGGACCCGUUGAGCUUCUAGAGCUCCGAAAAGUUUGGAUUUGGGGGGCGCCUUCACUGGGACAUGUUGUCCCCCAGGGAUCUUAAGAGGAAAAGGGGCAAGAUGAGUGCCUGGACGCGGGUUGUGCUACUACUGUCCUUGGCGCUGCUUCUGCCCGCCGUGCCCGGGGGAUGUCUAAGCCGGCAAGAACUCUUCCCUUUCGGACCCGAACAGGGGGACCAGGAGCUGGAAGCUGGGGACGACUCCAUCUCCCCAGCCUUGGAACUCCGCUUGAACAUCCACUUCUAUGACAAAUACGACGUCUCCUCCGUCUAUAUCACUACAAAUGGCAUCAUUGCUAUGAGUGAACCUCCUCUUGAAGAAGCCAGUCCUGGUCGCUUUCCAACUUCCUUUGGAGCUGUUGCACCCUUCCUGGCUGACCUUGACACGACAAAUGGUGGAAAGGUUUAUUAUCGGGAAGAUUCUUCCCCUGCUGUUGUUCAGCUAGCUGCAGAUUUUGUCCAAAAAGGUUUUCCUCAGGUCUCUUUCCAACCCAAGAGUGUGGUGGUGGUCACCUGGGACUCCAUGGCUCCUUACCAAGGACCAGAAAGGGAUCCUACCCAGGAAGGCAAGAGAAACACAUUCCAGGCUGUCUUAGCUUCCUCCGAAUCCAGUUCAUAUGCCAUUUUCCUUUACCCAGAAGAUGGUUUGCAAUUCUACACCACGCACUCUAAGAAGGAUGAAAACCAAAUUUCUGCUGUGGUUGCAUUUAGUCAAGGCUUAGUGGGUUUCUUAUGGAAAAGUGAUGGUGCCUACAACAUAUUUGCCAGUGACAGAGAAUCCAUUGAAAAUCUGGUCAAGAACAGUAAUGCAGGACGUCAAGGGGUCUGGGUUUUUGAGAUUGGGAGUCCUUCCACUGCCAGUGGUGUAGUGCCAGCUGAUGGCAGCCUUGGAUCUGAUGGCGGAGAAUAUGAAGAUGAAGAAGAUGAAGACUAUGACCUGGUGAGCGUAUCCGAGAGGGCUCUGGGCUUGGAAGAUGUGAGCACCACAAUUGGCCCCUAUGAUGUCCCUGGGAGGGGUGAUGAAGACACAUAUGAUUUGUUAAAUCCCAUUUCCCCACGUCAUGCGAAAACUGAGAGACCACCUCUGGAAGAGCCCAUCGUGGUGGAUCAGUACCCGGAUCCUUCUACUAGGGAAACCAAGUCGCUCCUGUACCCAGCUGAGGGAUUUCCCCAGCAGCAUCCACAGGUCAUAGAUGUGGAUGAAGUAGAGGAAACAGGGAUGGUUUUCAGAUACAACACUGAUUCUCGACAGACUUGUGCCAAUAACAGAUACCAGUGCUCCAUUCAUGCACAAUGCACAGACUAUCCAACUGGUUUUUGUUGUCGCUGUGUUGCUGGUUACACUGGGAAUGGUAGACAGUGUGUUGCAGAAGGUUCCCCCCAACGAGUUAAUGGUAAAGUUCGAGGAAGGAUCUUUGUAGGGAACAGCCAAACUCCCAUUGUCUUUGAGAAUACCGACCUCCAUUCUUACGUUGUGAUGAAUCAUGGGAGAUCCUACACAGCCAUCAGCACCAUUCCCGAGUCUCUGGGCUAUUCUUUGGUACCUCUGGCUCCGGUGGGAGGGAUCAUUGGAUGGAUGUUUGCCGUGGAGCAGGAAGGAUUCAAGAAUGGAUUCAGCAUCACUGGAGGAGAGUUCACCCGUCAAGCUGAAGUGACUUUUGUUGGGUACCCGGACAAGUUGGUUAUAAAACAGAAAUUCAAUGGCAUUGAUGAACAUGGCCACUUGACCAUCACUACAGAACUGGAUGGACGUGUCCCUGAGAUCCCAUUUGGCUCCACUGUCCAGAUAGAACCUUACACUGAGCUCUACCAUUAUGCCAACUCUGUUAUCACAUCUUCUUCCACCCGGGAGUAUAAAGUGACUGAACCUGCUCAAGAUGGUAUCAGUUCUACAAAGACCUAUACUUAUCAAUGGAGGCAGACCAUUACCUUCCAGGAAUGCACUCAUGAGCAACAGUCUCUUCCUCCCACCCAGCAACUUUCUGUGGAUAGUGUAUUUGUCUUAUACAAUACGGAUGAGAAGAUCUUGAGAUAUGCUUUGAGUAAUUCAAUUGGUCCUAUUGGGGAUGGCUCCCCUGACUCCUCUCAGAAUCCUUGCUACACGGGUACCCAUGGUUGUGACACAAAUGCAGCGUGCCGCCCAGGUCCAGGAAGUCAAUUUGUUUGCGAGUGUUCCAUUGGCUUCCGAGGAGAUGGACAGAUUUGCUAUGAUAUUGAUGAAUGCUCAGAGCAGCCAACAGUCUGUGGCAGCAAUGCCAUCUGCAAUAAUCACCCAGGAACCUUCCGCUGCGAGUGUAUUGAGGGAUACCAGUUUUCUGAUGAGGGCGUGUGUGUGGCUGUUAUUGAUGAUCGCCCUAUCAACUACUGUGCAACUGGUCUCCACAACUGUGACAUCCCACAGCGGGCACAAUGUGUGUACACUGGAGGUUCUUCCUACCACUGUUCCUGUUUGCCUGGCUUCUUAGGAGAUGGGCAUGCCUGCCAAGAUGUAGAUGAAUGCCAGCAAAAUCGUUGUCAUCCAGAUGCUUUCUGUUACAACUCUCCAGGCUCCUUUGUUUGCCAAUGUAAACCUGGAUAUCAGGGCAAUGGUUUCCAGUGUGUUCCAGGAGAAGUAGAGAAAACCAGAUGUCAGCGUCAAAGAGAACAUAUUCUAGGAGCAAUGGGUGUCACUGACCCAAGACGACCCAGACCUGUGGGGCAGUUUGUUCCUGAAUGUGAUGAACACGGGCAUUAUGUACCAGUGCAAUGCCAUCACUCCAGUGGGUACUGCUGGUGUGUGGAUCGAGAUGGCAAUGAGAUUGAUGGCACCAGAACCGGUCCUGGAAUGAGACCCCCAUGUCUGAGCACAGUUGCUCCUCCAAUCCACGCUGGUCCUUCAGUUCCUCCGGCUGUAAUCCCUCUUCCCCCUGGAACACACUUACUCUUUGCCCAGACUGGGAAAAUAGAGCGUCUCCCACUAGAAGGAAAUAAUAUGAAGAAAACGGAGGCCAAAGCUUUGCUUCAUGUCCCUGAUAAAGUUAUUAUUGCACUUGCCUUUGACUGUGUGGAUAAGGUGGUUUAUUGGACAGACAUCAGUGAACCUGCCAUUGGGAGAGCCAGUCUUUAUGGUGGGGAGCCAACAACCAUCAUCAAACAAGAUCUUGGAAGUCCAGAAGGACUUGCUCUUGAUCAUCUGGGUCGCAAUAUUUUCUGGACUGAUUCUCAUCUGGAUCGAAUAGAAGUAGCAAAGCUCGAUGGCAGCCAGCGCCGAGUGCUUUUUGAAACAGAUCUGGUGAACCCUAGAGGCAUCAUAACAGAUUCUGUUAGAGGGAAUCUGUAUUGGACAGAUUGGAACAGAGAAAGUCCUAAAAUUGAAACUUCCUACAUGGAUGGCACCAACAGAAGGAUCCUUGUGAAAGAUGACCUGGGAUUGCCCAAUGGAUUGACUUUCGAUACUUACAGUUCACUGUUAUGUUGGGUAGAUGCAGGCACCAAUCGGGUGGAAUGCAUGAACCCCAGUCAUCCCGGCCAGCGCAAGAUCCUUGAAGGGCCCCAGUAUCCUUUUGCCGUUACAAGCUAUGGGAAGAAUUUGUAUUACACAGACUGGAAGACGAAUUCUGUGGUGGCAGUGGAUCUUGCUAUUUCCAAAGAGACAGACAGCUUCCAUCCUCACAAACAGACCCGGCUGUAUGGCAUAACGACAGCUUUUUCUCAGUGUCCCCAAGGUCACAACUACUGCACCGUGAAUAAUGGAGGCUGUACUCAUCUCUGCUUGGCUACCCCAGGAAGCAGGUCCUGUAGGUGUCCGGACAACACCCUAGGGGUUGAUUGCAUAGAGAGGAAGUAAUGCACUGGAAACAAAGAAAAUAAAGGAACGCCACUUAGAUACACCACAUUUUCAACUGCAACACCCUACCUUGACAUGGGCCAGACUGAAACUAAUCUUUCAGAGCCAAGUUAUAAUUGACCCAAUAACCAACACAACUUAGGGACUUCAGUGUUCCCUUAGCCACUUAAAAAAUAUUCAUCCUGUGCACUCUGUAAUAGGAAAGCCUCAAUCCAUAUUCUAAGAUCUUAAGGACCUUCUUGGGGGCUCCUGAAGAAAUACACGAAGCCCUGCAACUGUGUUUUCUGGCUUUUGGAUUUUGUCUCAGCCCCUUGAAACACAGCCAUCCUGAGCCAAUUUGGGAAUAAUUGUGAGGUAGGCUAGGUUCCUCUGUGGCAGCCUCCCACCUCCCUUCCUGGUGCUCUCUUUCUCUGUUUCAUUGCCCUUCCUCUCUACUAGACUUCUUCCAACAAACUCAGUUCUCUCAGGCUGCCAAAGGCUUCCUACUAUAAUAUCUUAUAGAGGCAGGACCUUUGGGUCUGCUCUUUACUGCUGGACAAAGAAAACCUUGUCCAUGUUUAUUUUUUUUUUCCAUUUCCCUGGAAGUUCCACUGUCUGCAAAGGAGUUUAUGUCAUCUGCCACCAAUAAAUAUUAACAUUUUAAAAGCGACAUGAGGUAGAGCAGGCUUUAAUCUAUAUGAAUGAAUUUAAAUGUGGAUAUUUUAGGGCAACAAGAGAGAUAUUUAGAUAUAAAUAUCCCUCAAGUCAAACCAAAAACUACCGUCUCUAACGUAGUUACCCACAUGUACUCCCCAACAGUAAUUCAGUAUGUGAAGACCAUAGAAUGUAAGAGCUGGAAGGUGAUCUUGGGUCCAACUUUCACAUUUUACAGACAGAGAAACUGAGCCCCAGAGAGAUUACAUAGGCAAUAAUUCAUUCCUUGUGUCAGUAUUUCAUACAAGCACUCUACUCCUGGGUUGCAGAUUUCUCUGUAUCAAGGCCAGAGAAUGAAUGCUAUGGAGAUCUUUCCUCCUCCCAUACCUGGUUCAUUUAGCAGACUAAUCUUACUCAUAAUUGAAACUCUCCUCAUAUCUACUUUUCCCCCUGAUUUGAUUUCUCUGAUUUUAAAUGCUUCAUCCAGUAUGCUUACUCACUACUUGGCUUCCAUUUUCUCAUUCUUGAAGGAUGAGUCUUGCCUUCUCAUGUGAAUUGAUAAUGCUUCAGAGGGAGACAGAUGAAUAUGAGAAGUACUUGGAGAGAUAUGAACAGUCUCUUUUCUUUAGCAUAUGGUGCUGAGCACAUCUCAAUGGUUUAGGCAUCCCAAGAAAUGUAUGGCUAUAACACUUCAAUUCAGCAUUUAUUUGGCAAAAUCUCUGUUAUCAUUGUGCUAUAUGGACAGUUGGUACUUUGUAAAUAUAAACUAAACUCCUGGUUUAAAGAACCUAAUUCUUAAUUUUUUAUUGAUGAAGACUUAUUAAAAGAGCUCUUGCCACAUUUUUAUCCUCAAUAUGUAACAGGCA